AGCCCAUGUUCUCCAACGAAGAACCCUGCACCCCGCAGUGAAAGAUCCCACAUACUGCAAUGAAGAUCCCGCACACUGCAACUAAGACCAAGUGCAGCCAUAAAUAAAUAUUAAUUUUAAAAAAUAGAAAGGUCAUAGAACAAAGAUUAAAUUAUAAAAAUCCAUUUUAGCCGCCACCAUCUCCAGCAUUCGCCGCCAUGAAGCUGAGCGACAGCGUGCUGCGGAACUUCCAUGUCACCAAGGUGUUCCGCGAGAACUCGGACAAGAUUAACCGCUUCGACUUCAGCCCCAACAGCAAGACGGUCAUCUCGAGCAGCGACGACGACUCCAUCGUGCUCUGUGACUGCCAGGAGGGCAAACCAAAGAGAACCCUGUACAGUAAGAAAUAUGGCGUAGACCUCAUCAGAUACUCUCAUGCAGCAAACACAGUUGUUUACAGCCUUAACAAAACAGACGAUACUAUCAGUUACCUGUCCUUGCAUGACAACAAAUACAUCAGAUACUUUCCUGGACAUAGCAAAAGGGUGGUGGCCUUGUCCAUGUCACCUGUGGAUGACACUUUCAUUUCUGGGUCUCUUCAUAAGACCAUUCAGCUCUGGGAUCUCCAGUCUCCUAACUGCCAGGGUCUCAGGCAUCUACAGGGCAAGCCAGUUUGUUCUUUUGAUCCAGAAGGAUUAAUUUUUACUGCAGGUGUCAAUUCUGAAAUGGUCAAACUUUAUGAUCUUCGCUCUUUCCAUAAGGGGCCAUUUGCGACAUUUAAGACGCAGUAUGAUCGGACUUGCGAGCGGACAGGAGUUAAGUUCAGCAAUGAUGGCAAACUCAUCCUCAUCUCCACCAACGGCAGCUUCAUCCAUCUGAUCGAUGCAGUCAAGCGAGUGGUGAUGCAUAUGUUUGGGGGUUAUGCCAGCAGCAAGGCCGUCACACUGAAGGCCUCGUUUACUCUAGACUCGCAGUUUAUUAUGAUUGGUACAGAGGAUGGCAAGAUCCAUGUCUGGAAUGGAGACAGUGGUAUAAAAGUAGCUGUGUUGGAUGGCAAACACACAGGCCCCAUCACCUGUUUGCAGGUCAACCCCAAGUUCAUGACUUUUGCCAGUGCUUGUUCCAACAUGGCCUUCUGGUUGCCCACCAUCGAUGACUGACCUGCGUGGUGCUUGGCUGUUUUCUGUACAGUGAGGGUGGCCGGUAGGAAAAAAACUCAGAGGGAACUAAGAUAAUAGUGAGAUUGGAUCAUUUGACUGGGCUGGAGAGCAUCCUUCCACAUGGCCUUCCCAAGGAUGUGCUGCACAUUUGCUCAAAAGAAAAAAAUUACUUUGCCAAGCUUCUUCAAAAGGACUCUUGGGGCUUCCCUGGUGGUGCAGUGGUUGAGAGUCCGCCUGCCGAUGCAGGGGACACAGGUUCGUGCCCCGGUCCGGGAAGAUCCCACAUGCCGUGGAGCGGCUGGGCCCGUGAGCCAUGGCCACUGAGCCUGUGCUCCGGAGCCUGUGCUCCGCAACGGGAGAGGCCACAGCAGUGAGAGGUCC